UGUGGCAGAGGGGCCGCUGCUGCCAACAGGGAGCGGAGGGCCCGCGAGCCGAGUGCUGGAGACACUGCCGCCAUCCUGUUUGCCUGUCCUGCAGCCCACUUGACACGCUCCUCUCCUAAGGAUCCUCCCUCCCAGCUCUAGCAAGCACCUGGCUCGUCGUCUGCUGGUCCUCCUUUGACACAGGCUCACCGCGGAGGCAGCAGCGAGGCAUGAAGACCCCGCUCGGAAAAGCAGCUGCAGGGCAGCGGUCCAGGACAGGCGCAGGACAUGCCAGUGUGUCUGUGACCGUGAUGAAGAGAAAGACUGCACACAAGAAGCAUAGGAGCAGACCCACCUCCCAGCAUCGGAGGAACAUCGUAGGCUGCAGAAUUCGGCACGGAUGGAAAGACGGAGAUGAACCUCUAACACAGUGGAAGGGAACCGUUCUGGAUCAGGUACCUGUAAAUCCCUCUCUGUAUCUUAUCAAAUAUGAUGGAUUUGACUGUGUUUAUGGAUUGGAACUUCACAGAGAUGAAAGAGUGUCAUCACUUGAAAUCCUUCCUAAUAGAGUUGCAUCAUCUAGAAUCAGUGAUACACACUUAACAGAAAUUAUGAUUGGCAAAGCAGUGGAACAUAUUUUUGAGACAGAGGAAGGUUCCAAAAAUGAAUGGAGGGGGAUGGUCUUAGCUCAGGCACCUGUCAUGAACACAUGGUUUUACAUUACCUAUGAGAAAGAUCCUGUAUUAUAUAUGUACCAGCUCUUAGAUGAUUAUAAAGACGGUGACCUACACAUCCUUCCAGAUUCCAAUGAUUCCCCUCUCGCAGAGAGGGAGCCAGGAGAAGUCAUAGACAGCCUAGUAGGCAAACAGGUGGAAUAUGCCAAGGAGGAUGGCUCCAAGAGAACUGGCAUGGUCAUUCAUCAGGUGGAAGCAAAACCCUCUGUGUACUUCAUCAAAUUUGAUGAUGAUUUCCAUAUCUAUGUCUAUGAUUUGGUAAAAACAUCUUAGAGGUCAUUUUGAAAUUUGCCAAAUAUGUGAGACUGUUUGUAAAAUCUGAACACACAAAAAGUCUUGAUUGCUUUACAGUUUGUAAGAACCAUCUUCUCCCAAUUUUUCACACUUUUGCCUGGCAAAAAAUUGGAACUUCCACCCUCUCAGACAUUUUUUGAAGAAACCUUUUGCCUUUAUCUCCAACCUUUUUACUGGUUCCUCCCCACAGAAGAAUGAUUGACUUAUCUAAUUAGUGAGAAGGGUAAAGUCUGACAUCCAUUGCCCCAUAUUUUUAUCUUGGGUGGUGUUAAUAGGCUAAAGGUAGCUGAACACCUCUUGCUUCAUUCUUUUGGGCAUUUGGACAAUCUGCACUCACUGAAGUGUGAAGCUUCCUGAGAUAUUCAAUAUGGCUG